UCCACUUAGAAUCGUCACUACCCACACCGUAGCAAGAGUCACUUUACGACCAUUUUCAGGCACGGAAAUGUGUUGUUCUUCCUCUAAUGUAUUAAGCAAGGCGAGGCGGCGCAGCCACCGGAACGGUGCAGUUUAAUUCCGAACGCCUUAGGUGAUGGCAUCCACAGAACGUAUAAAUUUAGAGCUUGAUUCUAAUGUUAUAAGGGGCGAAACCCCAUCCUUUGUGCUCGAGCCCAAAGGUUUAGGUUACGCACUCUUCGAGUGCAUGUCACGGAAUCGUCACCUGAUCGCACAGAUUGACCCAAUUUCAGGUGUAAAGGACACUUACGAGCACCUUCUGGGACGCUGCGUCGGCGCCGCGCUCAAAAUGCGCAGCAUCGGUAUACGCCCGAAGGACGUGAUUACGACGUGCACUCUGAACCAUCUCAACAGUUGCGUGCCGGUAAUCGCGGCGAUUUUCCUCGGCGCGAUACCGGCGUGCCUGGAUCCUAGGCUCGGUCGGUCCGAGAUGACGCAUCACAUCAAACUUGCGAAACCGAAAAUCGCGUUCGUCGAUCAAGGUUCGAUCGAACUAGUCGAGGAGACUUGCGCCGAGGCAGGCGUCGACGUCCAGAUCGUCACGUUCGCCGAGUCGGACAGGUACACUGAGUUCGGGGAGUUUGUCACCGAGAGGGACGACGAGUUUCACCCGUACGAAGUGGGCGACGGUCGAGAGACGGCUUCGAUCCUCUUCAGCAGCGGUACCACUGGUUUGCCCAAGGGAAUUUGCUUGAGCCACCAAUCGCUGUUGGGACAAGGAAAUUUGCUAAUAUCCCGAGGCAUAUGCUUCCAAACUACGCUGACCUACUCCACCUACCACUGGCUUUCGGCCACAUUCGCCUUGGUUUCCGCUGUUUUAACCGGUGGAUGUCGUGUGGUAACCUCCUUGUUUACACCAAGAACCUUUUGGACCAUCCUGGAGAGAUACUCGAUUACCAACGUGCUUUUUACACCGGUCCAUGCGAUGGAACUACUUAGAAACGGCCGACCGGAAGCAGUCAACACCUCUCAAUUACGCGACGUAAUAAUUGGAGGCGACAUUCUAUCUUCACACCCACUGGAAGAGUUGCGCGCAAUGUUUCCGGGCACCAAUUGCAACCUGAGCUACGGCCAAACGGAGUUGUCGGGGCUGAUCGUGAAUUUUAAUCGGCUCGAUCGCCGUGAGAUGGCGUUGAUGCGUUCGAAACCGGGCUCUUCGGGGUUAUUGGUGCCCGGCUUCUCAUGCAAGAUCGUCGAGCCGAGCACCGGAGCCACUCUCGGUCCCAACCAAACCGGGGAGCUGUGCUUCAAGGGCGACUUCGUCAUGAACGGCUAUUACAAUUCCGAUUCGAGCGACCGCUGGGACGCCGACGGUUGGUUGCGGACCGGCGACUUGGGCUACUAUGACGAGGACUUCUGCUUCUUCAUCGUCGAUCGCAUUAAGGAAACGUUUAAGGUGAAGAGUUUCCAUAUUUCACCGUCGUUUAUCGAGGGCGUGCUCCUGACGCAUCCGGCGAUUAGUUUGGCAGCCGUCGUCGGCUUACCGGACGAGGAAAACGGGAACGCGCCCCUCGCCGUCGUUUGCCUCAAGGAGGGAUCGCACGCGGUCGGCGAGGAGGAUGUCGUCAAGUACGUCGCCGAACGCAUGCAUGACAAGUACGCACUGAGAGGGGGUGUGAAAUUUGUGGACACGCUUCCGCUGACCACUACGGGGAAGAUUAAGAAGUAUCAUCUGCGAGAGUUAAUAAUCAGCGGGAAACUGUAGGUCUCGCAACUUAAAAUCAACAAAGCGCUUCGGUUGGCUUGCAAGAAGCCAAAUACUGUUACUCCUUUAGAAUGUGGCGCAGAAAACAGUGGGCCAUAAAAAUUAAAAAAAUUAUGCUUCGGUG